AUGUUGACCGAGCUCCCAUCACUUACAAAUCUUUCUACAUUUAAUUUGUCUUUGCCAACAACAUCCCCCAGCAUCAGUGAUAUCUAUGCGACACGAAGUCUGGCAAUCAUACAUACUAAUAUAACCACAAUGUUUAUGCAGUUUAGUGGGAUAAUUCAGUAUAUAUGGAUCGAGAGCAACAGCAAUUUGGCCAAUCUCACUUUGACGUUCAACACCGUCGGUAGUCUUACGAUUUCCAAUGUCACUCACAUCAACUUUCUAGGCGGAAGCUGGGUGGACGCCAAUAUCCGUGUUUCUGAUAGAUUGGAUAUCCCCAGUUGUCAAGAAUAUACUCCGUCGGGAUUUCAUGUGUAUCAAGGCUUUGAUUAUAGUAUCCGCGAUUCCAGCACAACUUCUCCGGAUGUUCUCCCCCUACCUGUCGAUGGCGAAUUAGCAAUUACCAACGACUCACGAAUUUCCAAUCUUAAGCUGCGACCAUCCUUGUAUCCAAACAGAUCGGAACCUAUCCAUAGUGGUACCAUCAAUAUCACAAAUUGCCCUUCGUUGAAAAGCCUCGAGGUCUUCAAAGAAGCUCCUAGCCCCUUUGACGACAUGGUCUCCGUAGGUUCUAUGGGUUCCAUACGCUUCACAAAUUGUGUCUCAUUGAAUAGUGUUUCUCUACAAGAUACCAAGAAUAUUGGAGGUUCAUUCAUCCUCUCUGAUUGCCCAGUUCUCAACAAUAUCUCCAUGCCAGCAUUACAAGUUAUCAGCGAAGACUUCAAUAUCACCAACAACUCCAAUCUAAAGACCGUGAGCUUUCCCAGUCUUCAGACAAUUUCCGGACCAUCACAAAUUGAAGGCAACUUCUCCGAGUAAGUCAUGCAACCCGUGUAGUACUUCGUACGAUCGACUCAUUGAUUACAAACACAGUCUCCAAUUCCCAAUCCUCGAACGCGCCACAAAAGGCUUCAGCAUCAAUAUGACAGACAAUUUAUUCACCUGUUCGACAUUCGACGACUUCUACUCAUUGCAUAUCAGAGCCCCUUAUACAUGUUCUGCAUCAAAGUCCACCAAAAACACAGCCGCUGAUGCAGCACCCACCCCAGCAUCGGACCACAAAUCCUCGUCUCUUUCUACAGCAGCUGAGGUGGGGAUCGGGAUUUCCAUUGGCAUUCCACUCCUCGCACUUUUCAUCGGUACGGCAAUAUUCCUCCAGAAAAGGAACAAGAACAAUGGAGUUUUGCCAUCAGUCUCGAGAGAGGUGGAACUCCCACAAGGUGGCCACCAUGAGAUACCGGAACUUGCGUUAUCACGUCCAGGCGCAGGGCUCUCCCAAGGAGGACACCAUGAGAUGACAGAGAUGGCCGCCAUUUCAGGUCCAGGUGAGCUGCCGGCACACCCAUUCGAGCACGAUUCCCCGAUCAUCGCCAAUCAGGAGGCUGAACACGAAACAGAAGAUGUGGAGAGAGAAAGGGAUGCUGACAUGCGAGAGAGGAGGCAAAGAGAAUUGCAAUAG